AUGUCUGUCCAAAAAGCUGUCAAGAGUUCUCACUACGAGGCAGAAUCCAACAUGGAACAAGAUAUUGUUAGAAAAGCAUGGGUCUUUAAGCCAAGUGGUCUUAAUUUCAUAUGGGGAGGUGAUUCUCGGUAUUGGGUCAUCCCUAACGAAGACAGGACGCCUGCUGAACUAAAGAAAGUGAGUUGGUUAGAAGUAACCGGUUCGUACGACAAGAUAGAACCAGGCAAAACAUACCGAAUUGGUUUUAAAAUCUCGUUCACAGCUGAUGCAACCGGAUGGGACCAAGCUCCAGUUUUCAUGUCAGCAAAAAUUGGAAAGAAAGGGAGGACAAUUUGGAAGAGGAUCAAAUCGGUUAACAAUAACUUUGACAAACUCAAAGGCGGAACCGGACCGGUUAACAUACCAGAUGAGACUGAUGGUCGGUUUGAGAUCUUUGUAAGUCCCAAGGUAGCAAUAAACCAAGACACCAAGCUCCAAUUUGGUUUGUAUGAAGUGUGGACCGGAAAAUGGAAAACAGGCUUGUUGAUCUAUGAAGCUUUUGUUGAAGAAGUGUAAAGAAAUUAAAGACUAUAUAUCUCAAAGAUCAAUGCCCCAAGAACCUUUUCAAUAUGUAUAUAUAUAUAAGAUCCAUGAUCCAUCAAUAAGAAUCAAGUUGUGCUAAUACACGCACACAAUCUUUACAAUAUUCUCAGCUCCAACUAUAAACAACGAGCUGAUAAAUCUUGUGUACCUAACAAAUAUUAUCCUAUAUCCAACCAAAUCGAUGAUCUCUUCUUCAUCUGAAGAACUAAAAAUGCUGGCUUACGCCUAUGGGAGAAUUCCGAACACAGCCGCUUAUGAUGUGCAAGUACAACGCAAGGCAUACAGUGAUUAUAACAGAAGAUUUGGCUCCAACAUAUUCAACUGCUUGGCGUCCUCUGUCUGUAACCUCUUCAUGAACCACAUUGAUACUUUUUCUGAACCCUUGAAAUGUCUUCACCAUUAUAAAUGCGAUGAUUGAUCUCGUCGUUUCUAGUGUUACUCUUCCUGUUACAUCAAACAUAAACCUCCGAUUGCUCGGAACUGCCAAUGUAGUUGCAAUAGCCUCAGUCCACCCAUUACUCUUGACCCCAUCUCCUGAUUCCGAAACCAUCUUGCUUCUCGCGGAACCAUUACUCUUGAAAUCAUCAUCUUCGAUCUCUUCUAUCACAUUCUUAGACCUUGAAGAUGUAAACACGUCGUGAGAUGUCCUAACAAUAGUCUCGAGAGCACCGUUACAAACCGAAACAAGAACGUCCUUGACACUAUCCUGAUGUUUCGGAUUCGUCAAGCCUUCAAAGAUUUGAUCAUAAGUAUUGAUAUCCAUCGUCUUGUCAAGAUACACACCAAUUGCAGUGCUGGUGAAUCUCUCAAUACAAUCAGCUAAAAGCUCUCUACACUUGUCAUCACCAAGCAAAGUCACCCAUCUAGGUGUCUCAGAAGAAUCAGAACCCUCACAUUUCACACCACUCUCUACCUUACCAGAGUAAAAUCCAAGAACAAGAUUCUUAGCAAAGCUACCAACAACAACUGAAACAAAACCAGUUCCAGCCUCUGAGAAAACCUUAUCAAUCACUCUAUCAACAACACUCGAGUCUGAUGAUUUCUCAAUUCCUGAAUCACCAAUAGACGAUUCGGAUUUGUACCCACGAAAGGCACCAAUAGUCACAGCCUGAGAAACCCUAGAAAGCGAAUCCGUAAACUCAUUCGAAGUUGUGAUCUUCGCGAUCUGCUUCAAGCUGUUAGGGAUUUCAUCUGAAUCUGAAUUGAGAAAAUCCUUCACGUCUCGUGAUACCAUACUUAAGGUCUCAGCUGAAUCAGAGAUCAAUUCAGCUACAGAGACAAUGGCUCCGAAAAGCUUAAAAAGACGCUUCCUUUUUCUGGCAACAGAUGGCAAAUGAUAAACCUUGUAAGCUCCAUAGCCAGAAACUCCAGAGAUCGCCAUAAAAAUCAGCCAUUUCCUUCUUCUCUGAGAUAAAAAUAUACCCUUUUCUCUCAAUCGAAGAAGGUCCAUUCAACAAACACAAUUAAUUGAUCGAAUCUCACAAACCCCAAUUGCAAAAAUCACAGCUUUAAGGAGACACAGAAACAGAUCGAAGGACUAUAGAUAGAAAUCUAGGGUUUGUUAGUUAUUGUGAUCCGAAAAUGGGGAAAUGGGAUUCAGAUUCUGUUGUUGACCAUAAUAACAUGAAUGGAGACAGAUAAUUUAGUUGGGAGAUAAGAAGAAGAAGAAGAAGAUAAGGGGAAAUAGCGAUGCAUGAAAAUGAAAUUGGCGUGAGAGGUGAGAGAUUCAAGAAAGGCUGGAAGAGAGAGACAUCGAUGAAUGACAAGUUGGAUAAACAACAAAAC